GCUUACGUUAGCCCGUGAACAAAAGGGGAGCACGCCUCCAUCUGUUAAUAAGCGAGGCUGAGUGGGAUAUCGUUAUCCAUUAACAACACGCCGGCUGAUAUUUAUUUUCAUCCGCGUUGAUCUCUACCGCUGAUGGGCACCAUGGAUCCAGACCAGCGUGGUUGCGGUACCUGCUACCUGGCUGUUAGCUAACAUCGCCGCUUAAGUGGCGUACUCCGGAUGGAGUCAAAUAAUCAUUUCAACUACACCCACUCCUCAGCAAACUCAGGACUGAAACUCUCCUCAGGGGAUUCUCUUUAUACUAACGGGUCCUCCAUGAGUUUUCCUCAGCAGGGGAAGAAUAUGAAUGGCGAAAUGAAUGUGAAUGGCGUCACUACUGUACUCGGGUCCGCUGUGCCUGGUUCCCACCCGCCAACAGCUCCUUACCCACACAUGAGCAACCACCACCAGAGCAGCAUGGGCUAUGACUACUUGUGGGGAGGGCACCCUCAGUAUGGCCCAGGCAUGGGCGCUUCUCCUGGACACGGGAUGCACCAGAAGCAGCCGGCACCUGGGAUGGUGCAGCCUCAGUCACAGCACCACUUCCAGGGUCACGGACAGUACCAGUUGAACGGGGGUAUUGAAAGCUCUCACCAGCCCCCUGUGGCAGGCCCGGCGAACAUGCCUCUUGGCGGGAGUCAGUACUGGAACAGGAGUAACCCUGGCCCACAACAAAUAAGUUAUAACUCCCACAGUAUGUAUGGGACCUACCAGAGUCAGGCACAUCCCGGAAUUACACCAUCACAGCAUCACCAGCAGCAGUCCUUACAGCCACCAUCGCAUCAACCAUCACAGCAGCACCUCCAAUCCCAUCGUCACCCACCGCAGCAGCACCACCAGCAGCACCAGCAACAACCACAGCAUUAUGGUAUGAUGCCCAAUGGGAUGCCCUACUACCAGCAUCAGCCCCAGCACCCGUCCCUGCCGUCCCCCCAGCAGCAACAGCAGCAGCCGCCACCACAGCAGUCUCAGGCCCAAGGCCAGGCUCAGAUGAUGCCCCCAGCUGCGCAGAAUUUUACUCCUCCACGUGGCAGCCCACAGCAUCACAAUUUAGGCAGAGGGUCGACGGGGAGCCCUCUCCCUGUGGGGAUGUCCUCAGCAACAAUGAUGUCACCGUCGGCCGUGCAGGAGAGUGGAUCACCCAAGGACCACAGCAGGGAACGGAGCCCCCAUGCUAUCAAUGUGGGAAUACCUACUGCCAUUCAAGGACACGCAAGAGAAGCUGUCAAGGAGACAGACUCAAGCUAUAAUGGCAUGGAAAGGGCAUCUGCUGCCCAGAGGCUGCCUAAAACUGACAGUUUCCAUCCCAAACCUGUGGGACCUUCAACUGAUUAUCGUCCGCAUCAUUCUGAACAGCCAGCAGCUCAACGUCCAGAAAUGAAUACACCUCCGCAGUUUACGUCGUCUAAGCUCUCUGUAUCUGCAUCUCCUGCAGCAGUGUCAGCCUCUCUAAACAAGGACUCAACAUGUCCUCGGGUCUCAGCUACUGCCGUCUCUGAGUCUCCCACAUCUGGUUCUCGGCCCCCUGUAGUGUCAUCUCCUGAUACAGAGUCUGCUCUGCCACAAACCUCAACAACUCCCAAUGUGUCCUGUGCUCCAUCUCCAGCUGCUCCUCCCAGACUUUCCUCACCACCUCGAAUGAUGCAAGGUUUCAGGCGAGAGAUGUCCCCUGUUGGAUCCAAGCAUCUGUCUGUAGGGGCCUCUUCCUCGUCCCUGCCUGCCUCGCCUCCAAAAUUGUCUCCACCUCUCGCUUCGACUGAUGGUGUGUCCAGACCAAUUUCUUCAGUCCCUCCAGUCUCUUCACCUUUAUUUGAGUCUCAUCAAACCAAGUCUUCACUGCCUCCCACAACACUUUCCCCCCCUGCCCUGGUGUCCACGUCCUCUUACUCUGCAUCCAUCUCAUCUCUUCAGCAGAUGGUUCAAGGGUCCAGGGCACCUCUGGUGACAUCCGGAGCUCAGCAUGAAAAGCCAGGACCCCCAAAACUAAUGUCUGACUACUCACCAGUGGGUGCAAAGUCCUCACCUGCUGGUGUGGCUCCACCUCUUAUGUCUUCAACCUCAGCACCAACUGGCUCAUGUUUAUCAACAUCUGCAUCUCCCAUGUCUGCAUCAGCAACUCCUUCGGUUGGCGGUAAACCUCGUGACCCAGCACCCGCAACCCAGCAUCAGAUGUACACUCCUCUAGCUGCUAACUCUGGUCUUUCCGCUGCCUCUGCAGCAUCAUUACUACCUGGAGCAGCGAGCCCACCUUCCCCAGCAGCCCAUGAAAAUCCUACAGUCCGACCUCUAUCCACCCUACCUCUUCUAACCACUCAAGCCUCCAGGACUGCACCCGUGUCCGCCCCUCCUGCCUUGGUGUCUGUGCCUCCUGCAAUGGGUACGUCUUCUGGAGUGGUCCAAAGUUCAGACUCUGAGCAGCAUUCUCCCAACACCACUCCUUCUCAGGCGCUGAAGCAGGUGUCUCCCAAGCCAGAGCACCAUGGACACAGUGAGGAAAAGAAAGCUAAAGAAAGAAAUGGGAAACCAGAAGAACACUUCCCUCAGCUUGAUUCAGGCAUGAGAAGGACACCACAGAAGGUGGAAGCUACAGAGACAAAUGAAUCAGAAAUUCACACACCUGAAAUCCUCAGUGAUCUUCCUUACAAACCCUUGCAGACCACAGUUGCUCCUGAUCAGUCCAAGUCCAAGAAUAAACAGACAGAUUCUGAGAAGCAUCAAAGCGGUGUCCUCUGUGAGUCAGAGGAGCAGGCUCCACUCAGAAAGUCUUCACAUCUGCACAGCACGAAGGUAGAGGAUCCGACAGAUGACGAAAAUUUUGAUGACUCUUCACUAUUUGACACGCCCUCUAGAAUCAAGGCCAGCUCUUUCAUGGAUAAGUCGUCUCUUGCAGAUGAUGAAAGCUCACGUGUAGAUGACUCCAGACACCAUGAUAGUAGCUUUCCCCCGAGAAAAGACACUUCCUUUGCAGAAGGGGACACCUCAACUGCCUUUGACACCACUAAGGACAGCAGCUUCUCCAUGGAAGACUCCAGAGAUGAGACGUUGGAUUCCAACAGGGAAGGGGAAACAUCUGAAGCAGAAGAGACCAAGGACGGCUCCCAGAUCACAGGAGAAUCCAUGCUGGAGUCUUCUCUUAACAACGCCUCUCAGAUGGAAGACCCAAGCGAUGUGUCUGAUGUGCGCUUACAUGUGCCAUCUCAGCCAAGUCGUCAAGGACCGGAGGCAGAGUGGGAACAGACAGGACACGAUGCACCAGACUCUGCUGGACGCAUUAGCAUCAAGACCACUGUUAGUGAGGCGAUGACUCCCCCGAGUUUCAAGAUGAGAGAUGAGAACUUCAUCGCCUUCAGUACCCCAGCAGAGGGCCCUGCUGUACACCCACUCCAGCCAGUGACUGAUCAGACUGCGUCAGCUAUCGGAGGGCAUCUGAAAACCCCAGGGAAACCACGCAAACCUCGAACUCCAAAGGCAAUAUGGAUGAAAUCUCCAGCUCCUGAGGUGAGCCAGCGGAAGCCUCGGGCACGAACCCCUAAAGUGGAGAAGACCAAUGAAGAGGGAGGCACAAAAGAGGAGGUAACCAAGGGUAGAAAGAGGAAGAAGCCUAUGAAGGAGGAUGGUCAAGAAACAUCAGAUGUUGGUGCAGGGGCUGGGCCAGCGACAGGAGAGGUCGAUCCUAUCACAGCCACAAUUGAAGCUGUUCUGGCCAAUGCUUCAUCUAUUGAUACCCCAAAGCCCAAGAAGGCGAGAAGGACGAAGAAACAAGAAGGAACUGCAAAAACACCAAACCAAGGUGCCAACAAAACUGCCGAUGAUGUUGAUGAAAAUGAUGACGAUGACUCCACUGCAGGUGAAUCAAACAGACGGAGGGUUGCGACUGAGGAGCAGGUCCAGUUCCCACUGCAGCAUGGAUGGAGGAGAGAGAUUCGUGUAAGGAAAAUGGAGAACCGCAUGAAGGGUGAAACCUGGUAUUACACACCCUGUGGAAGGAGGAUGAAGCAGUUCCCAGAAAUAAUCAAGUACUUGAAGAAACACUCAGACAGCGUGGUCACCAGAGAACACUUCAGCUUCAGCCCACGCAUGCCUGUUGGAGAUUUUUAUGAAGAAAGAGAAAGUCCUGAGGGUAUGAAGUGGGUGCUCUUGGCCAACGAGGAGGUUCCAUCAAUGAUCAUGGCCAUCACUGGCCGGCGAGGUCGACCUCCAAACCCUGAUAAAGAGAAACCCCGCAGGGCUCGUGGUGUGAGGGGAGCGCCGGCUCGCCGUCCUGGUAGACCUCCCAAACCCAAGAUGAUCGACCUCCUUAGCAAAGUUGACGCCAAGCUUUUGAAGCGACUUGAGGCUAAGGAAGCUCUCACUGAGGAGGAAAAGGAGAAACUUGCAAAAAUCAAAAAGAAAAUGAAGAGAAAGGCAAGAAUGAAGAGAAGGGAGGACACGAAGAUCAAGAAGAUGAAAGCGGAGAAAAGGAGAGCCAAGCUUGAGCAAGAUGCCAAAUUACUGGAGCUGAAGGCUGAACCAACCGACCCAACGGCCCCACAGGUCACACAGCCAGCAUCAGGUGCUGCUGCAGAGCCCAAGAAGCCUGGCCGCAGGAGAUCGGUCAAGGUUGUGGUUCCUCCACCAGUACAGCAGACCGAUGAGGAGAGGAUAGCACAGGGAAAGAGGGUGCUGGGUGCUCGGAGUAAAGCCAAGGCUCUGGCUAAAGCUCAAGCGGAGGCGGAGGCGGCAGCUCGGGCUGCUCUGGCAGCUAAGAGGGCGGCAGAGAGGAGAGCGCAGGCCCAGAGACGUCUGGAGGAGCGCAAGAGGCAGCAGCUGAUCGCAGAAGAACUAAAGAAACCCACAGAGGACAUGUGUCUCACUGACCACAAACCUCUACCAGAGCUGUCCCGUAUCCCUGGUGUGGUUCUGUCUGGCACAGCUUUUGCACACUGCCUGGCUGUGGUUGAAUUCCUUCAUGGCUAUGGAAAGGUGAUUGGUCUCAACAUACCCAAAGACAUCCCCAGCCUUGCUACCCUGCAGGAGGGGCUCUUAGGGCUGGGUGACGGCCAAGGAGAGGUCCAGGACCUCCUGAUAAAGCUGGUGGAGGUUGCACUCCAUGAUCCAGGCCUGUCAUCUUAUUAUCAGUCCGUUAAGAUCCUCGGGGAUAAGCUGGUUGAGUUGGAGCUGACCCGCGGCACCGUCUCAGAAGUACUUCGCAUCUUCUUGGAAUCUCACGGUUAUGAUGCAGAAGUGUGCAACAUGAUGAGGACUAAACCAUUUCAUGCGCUGCCUCCUGACACCAAGGCAGCUAUCUUGGGUUUCUUGGUGGAUGAACUCAACAGCAGCAACAUUGUUACAAGUGACAUUGACAACACACUAGAGAACAUGGCAACAUACAGAAAGAACAAGUGGAUAAUUGAGGGGAAGUUGCGCAAACUGAAGGCGGCACUAGCGCGCCGUACAGGUCGCUCAGAGGAGGAACUGUGUUUUGAAGAGAGGAGGCGCAGUGCUAGAGUGGCUGAGGAAGAGAACCUCAGUCUGGAGGAGAGCGGCCUGAUUGUAGAGCGAGGCAACCGCCGAGCACGCAAAGAAGAACCCAAACUCAGCGAUAGUGAGAGCCCUACUAAUGCCAGCAUUCCAGAGCUUGAAAGGCAGAUAGAUAAGCUAACCAAGCGCCAAGCAUUUUUCCGCAAAAAGCUGCUACAGUCGUCUCAUUCCAUGCGGGCCACAUUACUGGGCCAGGACCGUUACCGGCGCAGAUACUUGGCGCUACCUCAUCUUGGAGGAGUUCUGGUCGAGGGGCCAGAAGAACUUUUGACCUCUGGAGAUGUCCUUGUUGCUGAGGUUCCUGUCACCUUCCUCAAAAAGGAGCCUAAAGUUGAGGAGACCCCCAUGCCUACCACCCCACCUCCUACUUUACCUUCCUCUCCUUCCUCUGCUACCCCCACCCAGCCCCAGACCUUCUCUCCAGAGGAUGACCCCCUCCCUGGCACCGCAUCCCUCAUGAGCCGACCGAGAGGACGAGGACGGCCAAGAAAAAUCAAACCAGAAGUGGAGCUCCACCUCCGCACAGCAAAGAUUCGCCGCCGCCGUCGAAGUAGCAUUAGGUCUGGGGGAGAGGAUGGGCCAGGAUCACCCAACAGCGGCUCACAAGACCUCACACAGGCGGCUUUUCAGAGCUGGCUCAGCCAGUCACAGGAAGCGGUGACCAACGGCACAUGCUCAGCAGCUGGAGACGCUCCAGAGGGGAAUCGACCAGAGGAGAGUGUGAAGGAGAUGGCAGAAAAACAGGGACAGUGGUUCAACCUGCUCCCCAAACAGCCAUGUGAUGAUAACUCUCUGACCGAGCCCCAGAUACCCAACUCACCCGGCUCACCCCCGAAACUCCUCCCUCAGAUAGCGAGUGCUCUGCCUGCACUCACUGCUCCACUCCUGCAGCCGGACCCGCUCAUGCCUGCUGUGGCUCCUGCUGAUUCUCUGACUGCAGCACCAACACAGGACAUUCCCUCUGCUGCUGCUGUUCCUGGUUGUGCCCCACCAGCACCCCCCCAGCUUCUUCCAGCUUCCAUUCCCUGUGCCACACCUGCUCCAGCCACCCCCGGCAGGCCAGGUCGCAGGCGAAGGAGAGGUAGCAGAGGCAGUAGUCCUGCCCGCAGAGGGCCAAGAGGAGCUGCAGCCAAGCGCCGAGGGCGACCUCCCAACUCUGUGUUCCAAGAGCUCGAGCAGCAGUACUUUACACAGUUGGUGGUCAAGCCCAUCCCAGCAUCUAUGGUACGUGGCUGGUGGUGGAUCAAGGAUCCAGAGGAAUUGUAUCACACCUUACAGGCCCUCCAUCCAAGGGGCGUCAGGGAGAAGGUGCUCCAUAAGCAUCUGGCCAAACACAUGGAGAGCUUAGCUGAGAUGUGCACCAAACCUAUCGACGAUCGUUUGUUUGAGUUGAAGGUAGAGGAGAAGGAUGUGCUCCUGGAGGCUCUGCAGGAACCCUGGCAAGUGCAGGAAAGGACAAUGGAGACUGACAUCAGCGCCCUACAGUGGGUGGAGGACCUGGAGCAGCGGGUUAUCGCCGCAGACCUCCAUCUCAAGGCACUUCCCCAAGGCGUGGUGAGCGAUGCUGAAAGUAACACAGAGACACCAGUAGUAGAAUUUCAGCCCUACACAAUCCCAGAGCCAGACUCCACACGUGAUGACCUCCAGUAUUACGAGCAUGACGCUGACCCACAUGACGACUGGAUCGUGCGAACUAAAAAGGAGUGGUCCGGCCUGCCACGUAUUGCCACACACCCGGUGGACUUGGCUGUGCUGCGCUUGGCCAACCUCGAGCGUAACAUUGAGAGACGCUACCUGAAGGAGCCGCUGUGGAACCCAGCCGAAGUGAUGCGCCUUGCGCCUCUCACCCCAACGCCGGGAGACGAGCAGCCGUUUGAUGUCUUCAGUCUGGAAAGUGAGAUCACGUCUCGCAUGCGAACAUGGCGACAAGCUCUGGAUCGCGUCCGCAGUGCUCCACAGGUCUGCCUCUGUUUACUUCAGCUGGAGAAGGCCAUUGCUUGGGAGAGAUCUGUGACUAAAGUGACUUGCCAGGUUUGCAGGAAGGGAGACAACGAUGAUUGCCUGUUGCUUUGUGACAGCUGUGACCGCGGCUGCCACAUGUACUGCCUGAGGCCCAAAAUCACCCAGGUGCCAGAGGGAGACUGGUUCUGUCCUGCCUGCAUUGCUGAGAAUGAAACUACUGCACCACGAGCAUGCAAAAAGAGGACCAGGAUGAAGAAGAGAAGAUAUGAAGACGACAGCUCUGAAGAUGAGACGACAACACGACGCAGUGGCGGCAUGUCAACACGGUACAAGGAGACCCCGGCCCCCUCUUCAUCCACUCGUUCCCCCGGAGAAGGAAGUGCCGCUAAACGUCGUCGCAUGACAACCCGCAACCAGCCUGACCUCACCUUCUGCGAGAUCAUUCUAAUGGAGAUGGAGUCUCAUGCCGAUGCCUGGCCAUUCCUUGAACCUGUUAACCCCCGACUGGUGCCAGGCUACCGCCGCAUCAUCAAAAACCCCAUGGACUUCCUCACCAUGAGAGAGCGACUGCUACAGGGAGGGUACUGCAGCUGUGAGGAGUUUGCGGCCGACGCUCAUCUUGUCUUCAACAACUGUGAGCUGUUCAACGAGGACACGUCGGAGGUGGGGAUAGCUGGACACGCCAUGAGGCGCUUCUUUGAGAGCCGCUGGGCGGAGUUUUACUCAAAUAAGGACAAAUAGGAGCCCUGUGGCGUUCCCCGUGAUGGUGGGGCUUUUUACUGUUUGGUGCUGUCACCGUCCCAGUCACACUCUCUCCAUUACUGCUAAGACUGUCUGGAGAUUGUUCCAGCUUGUGUAUUCUGUCAUGUAUAGGUAUAUAUGUAUAGAUUUUGGCUAUUUGUCUGUUAUUGUUUCCUCUACUGGCCGAAUCUUUUCCAGGCCCACAGUUGAACUGGCUUGAACUUGUACUCAUUCCCCCGUCACAGAGAGUCUGAACAUGUCUCUCUCUCUUCGCUUUUCCUUCCUCCUCAUCCUCACAUCAGCACCUCAUCUCCUGUUUGCGUUCGCCUGUCACGUCCUUUCCUAAGCCCCAUGUCGUAGCAAGGCCUCUGGUCAAGCCCUGUUGGGAGGCGCUGACCUGGCCUCAGGCCCUGAGUGUUUUGACUCUCGGACUCAUACUGAAGGUCAGGGACUGAUCACACUACUGCAGCCUUAACUGCUGCAUACUGGACCUGCUUAGCACCGCUCAACGACAAAAUGGAUCAAAACUCUUCACAGAGCUCGGGCCAUUUUUACCUGUUCAUUGGAAACGUAAUGUAACGUGGUCUUAUGCCGAGAAGUAAUUUUUUUGCUCAAUAUAUUUUUAUUAUAUAUUCUAUAUAUAAAUAUAUAUAUAAGAUUACAAUAGCUGGGAUUAUUUAAUAGCAAUAGCUUGUAGUGAAUGUGUACAGAUUACCUUAUAGAGAUGUCUAGACGAUUUAUGAAAAGGCCAGUUAAGCUAAAAGGAAUCUGUUUUUUGGACUGUCACAAGUAGACGUUGUAUAACCUCCACUUAAAGUCUUGCACGCACACACACACACACACACACACACACACUUCACCAACACACAAACAUGCACACGAUUUCACACACAUACCCACCUUCUGCUGCUGUGUGAAAGACACUGGUUUCUGAAACUGGAGGGAUUUUUUUUAAGUGUCAGUCAGUCAGUCAGUCUGGGCCUAGACUCUUAGAUUUCACUGUCCAUCUUGUGAAGAGUAAAUACUCGCUUGGUUACACCUGAUCUGUCUCACAGACUGUAGAGAACUGAGAGGAUGCUACUGCAACGCACAGCUCACUGAAACUUUGCUCUCAUGUGGUAUAAGAUCAGGCCAAGAUGAGAUUCAAGACUAUAAUUGAGCAAAUUAUUUGUGCUGAAUAUGACACUCAAACUUGUGUUCCUCUGUAGCUCAUCCAACAAGGCAAAAACAUGUAAAGCUGGUUAUUUGAGAGGCUAAAAUCCUCCCAUUUUAAAGACUAGAAUUGCUAUUGAGCUCUGAUAACGAGGCACUGGGCACAUUCCUGCCUUGUUUUCAGUCUAACAUUCCUUUUAUUGAUUUUUGUGCUGUACACGGGCCAAUGUAAAAUGUUUUGCGCGGCAUGGUUGGUGUGCUUCGAAGGCGUCAGGAUGACUCACGGUCUGGGUUUUAUUUAAACAUGUUUCUUACACUGAACUCGAAUCCAUUGAUAGGAAGUAAAACCUUGACGUUCCUUAUUACACGUAAAGGGACAGACGUUUUUUCAAAAAAGAAAAAAAAAAAGACAUGAAAACCAAAUGUGGUGUCAAGUGAAUUUUUAAUAAUGUACAGUUUUGGUGACUUUAAAUUUGUUCCUUUAUAUUUUUAGGACCAAUUCAUCAUUUUUAAGAGGAGGUAUUACAAGACUCUGUUGUAUUAAGGUGAUGUAACACGUGUGCAUCUGUAGAAUGUACUGUGAGUUGAAUAAAAACCACAUAUAGUAGAGAGAAU